AAAUGGCAUCUCUCUCUCUCUCUCUCUCACACACACACACAUCAAACAACGCGCGAAGACGGAGAUGGGAAUCGCUUCAUCGUCCUCCUCUGCUUCUAGGGUUUCGCUUCAGCUCUGUCUCCGGUCUUGCUCACUGCUGCUAGGAAGCUAAUCACGAGGUCCAUUUUCCCAUUUUCUCUUCGUCUUUCCAUGCCGGGGCUGUUGUGCUCGGUUUCUGGAGCUUAAUGGGGAAGAUAUCCGACUAUCUGAGGUCGGUCCGGGCCAGGAAGGGGAGCUUGAGGGAGGACUUUGAGCGGGUUACGCUGUUCGGCACCCAGUGGGAGGAGUUGGAGGAACAUUUCGACUCCAUUGCGAAAUCCAUCAAUGAGAGGUUCGAGAGCCUUAAGGUUCAGGAGGGGUCGCUGGAUGAGAGGCUUAGAGCUGUGGAAUCGAAGGAGAAGGAGGUUGCUGCUUUGGUACAGCAGAGAACUGAGGGGUGCGAUGCAGAGAUUGUCGGGAAGCAGGAGAAGUUGGGUGUUUUGGAGAAGAGGAUUCAGGGAUGCGCGGCUGAGUUGCGAGAGAAGGAGAAGCAGUUGGUCUUGGUGAGGGAUUCCAUGGAGGAAUGCUGUGGGAAGAUCGAGAUUAAAUUGCAGGAGCUGGUAGAACUGCAGAGUGCGAUCGAGGCCGGUUCGGGAGAACGCAGGGCGAGGGAAGAGGAACUGAAUGUGGUGCGGCAUUUGUUGGUGAACUAUUCCGAAAAACUCAAUGAGACGAGAGAGAACUUGCUUUCCGUAAAAGACGAGCUCAGGAACUGUUCUUCUGAGCUCAACUCAAAGCAGGAGAAGUUGGGGGUGUUGGAGAGGAGGAUUGAGGGAUGCGCGGCUGAGUUGGCAGAGAAGGAGAAGGAGUUGAUCUGGGUGAGGAAUUCCACAGAGGAAUGCCACGGGAUGCUCGAGAUUAAAAGGCAGGAGCUGGUAGAACUGCGGAGAGCAAUCGAGGCCAGUUCUGAAGAACGCAGGGCAAGGGAAGAGGAACUGAAUGUGGUGCGGAAUUUGUUAGUGGAGUAUUCCGGAAAACUCAAUGAGAAGAGCAAGAACUUGCUUUCCGGAAAAGACGAGCUCAGGAACUGUUCCUCCAAGCUCAACUCUAAGAGCGAUGAAUCGCGAUCGGUCCAGUGGAAAGUUGGCGAACUUUUGAAGCAGCUUGAGUCGAAGAAUGGGGAGUUGAGAUCAUGCAAUGAAGCAGUUGAAGUGAAGAAUCGGGAACUGCAGUCCCUGCAGAAUUCGAUUGAAGAACGUAAAAAUGAUACUGAAUUGCAGGAGAGACACCUUGGUUCUAUCAGGAAAUUAAUUAUAGAAUGUGGUGAAGAGCUUGCGUCCAAGGAGAGGAAACAUGAUGCCAUGGAAAACUCUAUUCAGGCAUGCUGCACCGAACUUGACGAGAAAAAGAGGGAGUUGACAACGCUUGAAAAGCAGUUGCAAGACCUCUCAGAAGAAGUGAGAUUAAAGAAGAGUAAAUUGAAGUCUCUUGAGGAGCGUUCAAGACUAUCCUAUGCGAAAAUUCAGUCAAGUGAAGAAGAGCUUGUUUCCCUCCGAGGGACCCUUCAAGAAUUCUGUGAUGAAGUCGAGUUGAAAGAGAGGGAGUACGGUGCCAUACGUACUUUGAUUAAGAACCGUAGUGUUGAACUUGGGACAAAGACAAAAGAGCUCGAGUCUUUGCAGAGUUUGGUAGUUGAUUGGGAAGGAGAGAUUCAGUUUAGACGGGAUCUAUGCGAAUCGGUGCGGCAGUCAGUCGCUGAAUGCUCACAGGAACUUCAUUCAAAGCAGAUGGAACUCGAUGUCGUGAAAAGAUCUCUGGAAGAAUGCUCUGAGCAGCUGACCUUAAGGAAAAAGGAAUUGGAUUCAAUAUUGACGAGAAGGGAAGAGUGUUAUAGAGACAUCGAGGUGAAAGAGAAGGGGUACCAUUCCCUCGAGGCUUCAAUUAAAGAACGCUCUGAGAUACUAGCAAGGAGGAAAGACGACAUGCGGGGCAGCUUAGGGAGUUGGAAACACAGCAGGAACAUCUUCUGACAAUGCAAAGAACAUUGGAGAAUCAAAGGACAGAAUUUGAAUUAAGAAGGGGAACUGAAGCUCGUCAUCCACUGGUAAUGGUGAAAAGAUCUGUAGAUCCAUCAACAGAUAAUGUCUUUCCUAUUACCAAUCCACUGGACCUGCAGUUGUUUAUGUAUGAGUUUCUGGAGAGGCAUGAUUUUGUCCGACAGAAGGUGUUAGAUGUGCUUCUUUCGUCACCGAAUCCUGCUAUGCUUGUCUUAGAGGCAUUACGGCGGUUUGAACCCCCGAGUUCGGUGAAACCAAGCCGAAAAAGGAUGCUUGAUGUUGGCAGAAUCAAGAGGUGUUGCUUGCUGCUAUUGGGCCACUUAAGUGAAGCUUCAUGGCAGAUUACAGCUCAGGUCAAGGAAGCUGCCAUGAAGUUGGCUUCCCAAUGGAAGGCUCAGCUGAAGGCUUCUUCACCUGAUUAUACUUUUGAGCUGCUGGCCUUCUUGAGGCUUUCAAUGGUCUUUAAUCUGACCUCUGCUAUUUGUCCCAAUGAGCUCGAAGAUCUUGUCAAUUCUAUAUCGGAUCACAAACAAGCAGAUAAACUUAGAGGGGCCCUUGGUUUAUUGGGGGAGCAAGAGGAUAAGGAUUGACCAAACAAAAAGUUCAUCAACUAAUGAAGCAUAUGAAAGGGAAGAAUGGGGCAAUUCUCGCCGUAUCUUUAGCGCGGGUACAUGAGUUGGAUCCAGCAAAAGUUGCUUUAGACACAAUACAGCUUUGAAACAGAGGUUAUGGGGAAUCACAUUCUCUUUUAGAGCAACUGCUGAGAACUUCAGCUGUGAUAACACCUGAAGAGAAAACGAACGAGCUUUGAAGUUUGCAAUUAAGUGGGGCAUGGACCUGAAGAGUCUUCAGGAUGCAGAAUCUCUGGAAGUUUUAGGGUUCAUCCAUCUCAUGGCUGCAUAUAAAUUUACUCUGAACUUCGACAAAGAUGAGAUUCUGAAACUUAUCGAGACAUGUUGGCUUCUUGACAAGGCUCCUGGGUUUGUGUCACACCCUUGGCUAUUCAGCCCCGAAGGCUCAUCUUCGAAAUGGAGGCGAGAAGAAAAGGAGUCCAUGCUGCCCAAGAGUCGAUGGUCAUCCUCAGCCACAGCAUGUAAUUAAGCGUCGCCGUAAAGCACAGGAUCAAUUGGGUCGCGUCUAAUGACCAAAUGCAGUGUCCUGCAAGCCGUGAACAGAUUCAAAUACAUCCCUGCACAUAGAGAUAUCUGUCAGUACAGUUACAGCUACUCUGUUUUUGACUCCUUAGCAUAUGGCUCAGAUUAGGGUGACUAGGUUUGUAAUUAAUUAACUGGUGGUCGGGUAGAUACGUUGUUGUCCAGGAUUUCCAACAUCAGGUGCAAUGUUAAUUAGUAAUUACUAAUCGCUGGGUUUGGCGAUUUGCUUUGCUUAUGAAGUAAAUUAUUAUGAGUCGAGAUAUUCCA